AUGCCGUGUGACAGACAGUUCCUCCUCCCUGUUUCCUCAGUUUCUCGACCGCUGCCGAGAAAAAUGCUGCGAUUAACCAUUUGCAUCCUCGUGCCGCUCACAAUCGCUCAAUACUCCAACACACAAACUGGCUCGCAAUCUUCUAACAGCGAGCCCGGAUAUUUACCUGACUAUCAGGGCGAUCGAUACACGAAUCCAGCACGAAUCACCGAAACACAGGCGCUGAAUAAACCGUUCUUCGAUCAGCUCGGCUAUGUGCCACCGGCGCCGCCGCAAACACCAGCCCAACUUGGUGGACAGGGGCAACCAACCGGAAGCGGAUACGCUCCGCCCCAAACGUCUGCGCAACAACUUGGUGGACAAAUGCAACCAACCGGAAGCGGAUAUGCUCCGCCCCAAACGUCUGCGCAACAACGUGGUGGACAAAUGCAACCAACGAGAAGUGGAUAUGCUCCGCCCAAUCCUAGUAGCACCAGCAGCGGCGGCGGUAAUCCUUACGUUAGUCAGGGAAGUUCCAUGUAUGGAAGCAGCGUUGGAGGUGGAACUAUGCCAUAUGUCGGUAGUUCCGCAGGUGGAGACGCACAAUAUGAUUACCUGCAGAAUUACGUUGAGCCUAUGCAAUACGGUCGUCAGCAGGUUAUCGAUCGAUACGCAUACUUUGAACGCCUAGAUUUCUCCUUCAACAUUUGUUUGCUAACCUCGUUUGGAAAAAAGGGCGGAUACACAUCAUCGUAUGGCUACGCAAAUCAACAGUACAACCCCAGCUCCACCUACUACAGUACGCCGUCAUCAUCACAACAAUACUACAAUCCAAGUUUGAACUCAAAUUCACCUACACGUAACUACAACGCGGUGCUGAACACAAAUCUUGGCUAUGCAGGACAAGUUCAACGAGAACAAACUCAACAGUACGGUUACGGUAACAUGCAACAACAACAGUACGCGAAUCCUAACGAUCCGUUAAAUCGCGUGCCCCUAUCGUACGGUUAUUAUGGUUCGAAUCAACUUUACAACGAUCAACAAUACGGGAACCAGCAACAGCAGCAACAACAAUACUACGGUAAUCGACAGUAUGACAGCAGCAAUUAUCAAAGUUGGUGCUGCGGUCCAACCUCAACAUCAUGCUGUUAUCAAACUUCAAACUCUAAUUCAAUGCAAUACUACGAUCCCAGUAUUAGUAGCAAUCAAAAAUACAUCACCACCUACGGUAAUCAACAACAGUACGGUACCACAUCUACCAUAUCUCCGUAUCUGAGCCUCACCACUACACGAUCGUACGGAAAGAAGAAGUAG